ACAGCCACCUCCUACUCUUAAAAACACUUCCAACUGCCUCCCAGCACACAACCAAGGGAGAAAACUAUUCUGUCAAGAGACGGUGCCAAAAGGCAAAAACAAAGGAACUGAUGGCAAAGAAGGUAGCUGUGAUCGGAGCUGGGGUCAGUGGCCUGAUUUCUCUGAAGUGCUGUGUGGAUGAGGGACUUGAGCCCACUUGCUUUGAGAGAACUGAAGAUAUUGGAGGAGUGUGGAGGUUCAAAGAGAAGGUGGAAGAUGGCCGAGCAAGCAUCUAUCAAUCUGUCAUUACCAACACCAGCAAAGAAAUGUCCUGUUUCAGUGACUUUCCAAUGCCUGAAGAUUUUCCAAACUUCCUGCAUAAUUCUAAACUUCUGGAAUAUUUCAGGAUUUUUGCCAAAAAAUUUGAUCUGUUAAAAUAUAUUCAGUUCCAGACAACUGUCCUUAGUGUGAGAAAAUGUCCAGAUUUCUCAUCCUCUGGCCAAUGGAAGGUUGUUACUCAGAGCAACGGCAAGGAGCAGAGUGCUGUCUUUGAUGCAGUUAUGGUUUGCAGUGGCCACCACUUUCUACCUCAUAUCCCACUGAAGUCAUUUCCAGGUAUUGAGAGGUUCAAAGGCCAAUAUUUCCAUAGCCGCCAAUACAAGCAUCCAGAUGGAUUUGAGGGAAAACGCAUCCUGGUGAUUGGAAUGGGAAACUCAGGCUCCGAUAUUGCUGUUGAGCUGAGUAAGAAUGCUGCUCAGGAGAACAGCAUGGCGGAAACCUCGCCCGUGAUUGAAUUACCUCCACCUGGUCCCGCCCUUUACACGUGGAGAUUAUUACAAUUCAAGGUUUUUAUCAGCACCAGGCAUGGCACCUGGGUCGUGAGUCGUGUCUCUGAAGAUGGUUAUCCUUGGGACUCGGUGUUCCACACCCGGUUUCGUUCUAUGCUCCGCAAUGUACUGCCACGAACAGUUGUAAAAUGGAUGAUAGAACAACAGAUGAAUCGGUGGUUCAACCAUGAAAAUUAUGGCCUUGAGCCUCAAAACAAAUACAUUAUGAAGGAACCUGUACUAAAUGAUGAUGUCCCAAGUCGUCUACUCUGUGGAGCCAUUAAGGUGAAAUCUACAGUGAAAGAGCUCACAGAAACUUCUGCCAUUUUUGAGGAUGGAACAGUGGAGGAGAACAUUGAUGUCAUCAUUUUUGCAACAGGAUAUAGUUUCUCUUUUCCCUUCCUUGAAGAUUCACUUGUUAAAGUAGAGAAUAAUAUGGUCUCACUGUAUAAGUACAUAUUCCCCGCUCACCUGGAGAAGUCAACCUUCGCAUGCAUUGGUCUCAUCCAGCCCCUAGGUUCCAUUUUCCCAACUGCUGAACUUCAAGCUCGUUGGGUGACAAGAGUUUUCAAAGGCUUGUGUAGCCUGCCCUCAGAGAGAACUAUGAUGAUGGACAUUAUCAAAAGGAAUGAAAAAAGAAUUGACCUGUUUGGAGAAAGCCAGAGCCAGACGUUGCAGACCAAUUAUGUUGACUACUUGGAUGAGCUCGCCUUAGAGAUAGGUGCGAAGCCAGAUUUCUGCUCUCUCUUGUUCAAAGAUCCUAAACUGGCUGUGAGACUGUAUUUCGGACCCUGCAACUCCUAUCAGUAUCGCCUGGCUGGGCCUGGGCAAUGGGAAGGAGCCAGGAGUGCCAUCUUCACCCAGAAACAAAGGAUACUGAAGCCACUAAAGACUCGGGUCCUGAAGGAUUCAUCUAAUUUCCCAGUUUCCUUUCUGUUGAAAAUCCUGGGCCUUCUUGCUGUUGUUGUGGCCUUUUUCUGCCAACUUCAGUGGUCCUAGUGAGCAUAACACUUUGGGCUUUAUUAUCUUGUCAGUCACUACCUCCUAAAGAAAAAAAACACUGGAAGAAAAAAUAUUAAAUUCAUGUUCUAAUAAUAUAUUUUAGAGUUAGUAGUACAGGAGUUAGUAGUACAGGAGGGGGAAAUUGUAGAGAAUUAGCAGAAUUGGGUCUAUGUACAAAACCAAAUUGUGUCACGCAAUUUUGCCAUUCCACGCUUCCCUCAGUUCACGAAAGUUACCAAAAAGUAAAAUAAAAUAAGACUAGCUCAGGUAAAUAGUGCUGCCAGCCCUGAUACACGGGAGUUGUAUGGAAAAAUAGUAGAAUUACACAGCAUGAAAAGCAGCCCAUGGUUUAAAUUAUUAGACAAUUUAAAUUGUGGGUAAAUAUUUAAAACUCCCGAACAAUGUUUUUGAUGGUCUUCUAUCCACCCUACUUGGUAACAAAGUUCUCAGAUGUUAGGUCAUGUUUCAUCUGCUCAGUCGGGGAUCACUCAAACUACUAGAGAAAAAAGUGAGAGGAUAGAUUUAGAAAACAUCAGUAAUUGCUCAGAUGAACUUUUAGGACCUCAUAUUUAGAGCUAAGCAAAUAGCCACAUUUCCUAUAUUUUGACAGAAAUUCUGCUGGAAAAAUUAAAAUUAAAAUGUCAUGAUAGCUACCUAACAAAUAUAAAUGUUUAAUGCUUAUCAUAGGCCAGACAUUAUGCUAUGUGCGCAUCAUAUGUAUUAUUUCAUUUAAUUCUCACAACAAUUCUGUGAGAUGGUUACAGCUAUUAUAGUCAUUUCACAGAUGAUGAAACUAAGAUUCAGAGCAGCUGAUAUUGUGAGGCAGCUGGAAUUGGAACCCAGGUUUGUUGAACUCUAGAACUAAAGAUCAUAAUGUUGUCUUAUAAUAUAUUUAUUUACAAAACACUUCAUUAUUUAUAAAGAAUUUAUUAACAGUUUAUCUUAUUUAUACUCAUAUAUCUGUUACUUUGGGAGGCCCCUUACAUAGAAAACAGCAUUCUUUUUGCCAAAUAUGACCAAAUUACUUUUAUUUAUAAUUUUUGAUUUAUAUUUCAGCUAGAUCUAAAAAGCAUCUGAAGGAAUUUACAAUGAAAGAUACCUAUGCAAUAACAUUUAGGAUAACCUUUGACAUUUUGGAAAAAUAAGAAUUGAGGGAAAAAAAGUGUAUCUCCCAAGUAGAUGCAAAGCAUUAUAUUGAUUGACACUUGUAUCUAACUCCAGUCUUACAGAUAACCAAGGCAAAAAGCUAAAUAAACAAUAUGUAACCUCUAACAUUUGGUAAAAGGAAGUAUACUGGUCUGUUAGGAGAGACAAACAUUUUUUUUAGAAUUGAAGUCUAAACAAACAAAAGCAAUUCAAUGUCAAUAGACAUUGAGCAACGUAAUAGACGUAAUAGACGAACAUCUCCUAAUGGAACAUUUGUUACAGCUGCUCCUUCCAUGAACUGUGCUUUGUAAACUGAGCUCUGUCGUGAGUCCAAACCAAACCCUUCCAAGAGAGAACAAAGGUCAGAGAUGUUGAAGAUUUCAACAAAUUUCUCCUCUUAUUUCUACCAAGCCUUUGUGAACAUUGUUCUUCAUUUUGGCCUGGAUUUCUCCCUCAGGGACCUAGAACAAUGGAAUGUCAGUCUCUGUAGUUAAAACUUUUUCUUUAAAAUUCAAUUAAGUUAUACCAGGAUUUACAAGCAAGAUUUUUUUUCUUCACUGCUCCCAUAAGCAAAUUUGUUUUAAAAUAAUUGUAAAUUAGGUAUAUACUUAGUUCUUGGUUAAAAAAUAUAUUGCUUUGUUAAGUAUUAAAGAUUUUUUGUAAGCCAUUGUAUUAAUAAUACUAAUAAAAUUUAUCAAGCCUUUAUAGCAAGGGUCAGUGAAUUACUGCUGCCUGUGGGCCAAAUCUAGCUCACUAUCUGUUUUUGUAAAUAAAUUUUUAUAAUAGUA